CAGUUAGCUGAAAUUCAUGGAGGAUUGUUUUGUCAGUCAUAAUGAUAAAAUGUGAUAAUUUAAUAAAACCUUGCUCUUCAUUUUAAUUACUCCCGCUGAUUUGAUUAUCAAGAACAGUUUCAGUAGGAUGGGAAGCAUUUAACAUUAACUGAAAAAAAUAUAGAAAUGGAGUAUUGAACAUGAUAAUUGUUUAGCACUGGAAAUUGAAAAUGAGAUUUUCUUUCGGGAGAGGUUUUUCGUUCUGAUUCAAUUACACACAAAUUUAGUAAGGAGAAUAUUGAAUGAUUAUCAAAUAGCUUAAGAGGAAAUUUUGUGGAUUGAUUAGUUCUGAUCAUGUGAUAGCAUAGUUUAGGAGUAGAUGUUUGUCUCCAUUGCUAUUUAAUAUAUGUAAAUUCAUAUUAGUUUAUCAUUGGAUUAUUAAGUUUGAAGUGGUUUAAAUGACCAGCUUCUAAAACUAGUAUUAAACCUUAGGGAGAUUUGACUACAAUGGAUGGAAGAGUUCUGUUAAGAAGGUUGUUGCAGUCCACACCAACAAUAUACGAUGAUGGGAAUCCAGAGGAAAAUUCAACUGUUAUAAUUCCCUCAACACCAAAAACUGUAACACAUACACUUAAGUCAUGUGACCACAUAGAUACGGAUUAUGAUGUAGCACUAGCGAUAAUCUGUGCCAUGAGUUUUAUUUUUGGCAUAAUAUACACAUUCUUUGGUUACAGAUUUUUUAAAGCUGUUAUGUUCCUAACAGGAUUCAUAUUUAUAUCAGUUCUUACAUAUUUAAUACUUUCGGAACAGAAUAUUUUACCCCUGGGAGGAGAAAUAGGAGUAGCAGUAGGUGCUGGACUUAUUCUUGGCAUAAUAACAAUGUUAGUGCAAUAUAUUGGACUAUUCCUCACAGGAUUUCAGUUUGGAUUAUCUAUUGCCAUGUGCAUUUUAGUUGUUUUAGAACAAUUUUACCAUCCAACCACACGAUGGAUUCCUAUUGGUAUUUUAUGUGGAGUUGGAAUAUUUUUUGCUGCAUUGACAUUGAAAUUCCAGAAAACAUUUACAGUUUUAGGAACUAGUAUAUUUGGUGGUGCUUUAAUGAUAUCUUGCCUGGACUACUUUAUAGAAAAGUUUACAAUGUUAAUAUAUAUAUGGGAGAGAGCUAAAGGUGAUUUAUCUGACCAUGUGUGUUGGUACAGCUGGGUGUUGUUAGGUUGUUGGCCGUUUUGUUUUAUUGUUGGUGCGGUGGCCCAGUGGAGAAUUACAGGACAAGGUUAUGAUCAUAGAGAUACUUCACAGGGUAGAAAGAACAAAAAAGUGAGUUUACAGAAAGUGAGGAAACGACAACAUGAACCUGACACACAGUCCCGAUACAGACACUUAUAUAAAGCUAGACGAACUACUGGAGAUGUUAUUUCACAGAGUUACUUGCAGAACAUACAGGAAAGAUUUUCACCUUCUCUGAAGCGACAUAGUCACACACCCAUCCCAACAGAACCAAGUCAAACAGAAUUAGAUAGUGCUAGUACAACUCUUACACAGAUUACAUGAUAUACUACAAACAUUGACAAAUAGUCUUUUAAAUGUUAUCUGAUGUAAAGCCAAUAACAGUGCUGACUGAGAGUAGCCAUUUCAUAUGGGAGCGUUUUUGUAAUAUGUGUUUAUUUCUGAGUGCAAACUGACAAUUGAAAUUCAAACAGAAAUAUUACAUGUGCUUGGUUGUACAAGCAGUUAUUUUGGAAAUUGAAAGAAAUGUUGAAAUAUCUAAAUUGAAUGAUUAAAAGAGAAAGUUUAUGCACGUAUUAUUAAUAUUUACCAGUAAAAUGGCUAAAACUAACAAAUAGGAAUUACACAAAUAUACUGUUACUAUUCAUACAAAUCAGUUUUUGUGUGGAAAAUAUUAAUGCAUGAAUUUAAAAAACAAAAGAGUUAAUAAAAUCUAGUAAGUAUAAAAUUUAUUUCAUGAAAUAAAAUCCAUUCAUCUCCUCAAAAUUCUCAAACAGACAGCAUAGUCAAAUUAUUUUUAUGGUAAGCAUGGUAAGAUGCCAUUUUACAAGAGAAAUUGAGGAGACAAGUUAACUAAAGUGAUAUUCAUCUCCUGGUAUCUUGUUUUUUGUUUCUUUUAUGGGACUAUGGUAAUUGUUAAACCUUACUUCAAAAUUCUGAAACUGGAAAAAACUUUUUUAUGAUCAUUAUGUUCAAUAAACAGUUAAAGGUUAUUUACUGUACAGUCCACUCUCCUUACCAAAAGUCCUUGUGUGCAGAGUCUAGGUGAGAUGUCCAUAGUUAGACAAAGAUAAUCAAAGGGACACAACUCAAGAAUAACUAUUAAUGUCGAAAACACACAAGAUUCAUAAUUAUUUCAAGUUUGGAUUAAAUAUUUUUAGAGUAUUUACUUUGUGUAAUUUUAUUUUCUGUUAUUUUAGUCCUUAUUAUAGAUAAUACAAAAGUUAAAAGCUGCUGAUUGAAAAUGUUUUGAGUAGCUGACUUAAUCCUUAUUUAAGACACACCAAGUAUUGCUGUUGCUUCUUCAAUCUGUCUCCUGUAGUUAUUUAACUUCAGAUUGAUUACAGCAUGUUCUGUGAGAUUUUAAUAGGUAUUUGAAAUGAUAUCCAAUCAAACAUAAUAUCCAUGCAACAACACUCUUCAUUUCAUUUACUAAAACAAUGGAAUAACUGGAAAUUAGAUGAUUGCUAAAUGUAUUGUUGAGGCAGUUUAGUCACAAAUGUCUUCCUUUGAUUAGUGUUGAUUGAUUUGAGGUUACAAACUCAAACUCUAUACACUUUUUUCUUAACUUUGGAACCAUUUUGAAUCAAAUCAAUUGAAAUUUCAAUAAAUUUAUUCUUAUAAAACUAAUUUUGGGAUCACAGUAAAAACAUUUUUAACUUGUCCAAUGUUAAGUCAGCUAAAUUCAAGACAAUGAGAGAUAACUCUAUUUGAAAAUGAUAUAACAUUAAUUUGAUUUUAAUAAUUUUUUCUAUAUAUAUUUUGUAAAAUAGUUGCAAGAUUUUGAAAAUAUUUUUGCUUGGUUGUUAAGAUUUGUGGAUGUUAGAACAUAUGAUGAUUGUAUUUGCAUAAUAAACGUCAGGGUACUGUAGACUGAAAACAAGAUCUCAUUAUAAGAUUUAGGUUAGUUGCAAGUCUACAUUAGUUUAUUGUAUAUUGAACAUGUUAUUAUACCGGUAUCUAUAAUUACAAAAAAAGUAGUUUAGUUAGAGAAGUAACUCCAAACAUGUUGAAUGCAUUGUUUGAGAAUUGCAUACUGAUAAUGAUUCUCUAAAAAAUUUUUGAAGAAGUUCAAACCCUACAGUAAGUUUGAAAAUUUGUACAAAGGCUUUAUUUUAUGCUUAAACAUUAAUUCUUCUGUCUAUUCAGCUUUCUUUGCAAUAGUCUUUUUUUGUUUCGCAAUAUUUGUUGUGUUGAUCUGAUUUUAACAUAAACCUUCAUUGAUCUCAUUUUGUCUAAUGUGUGUAUAAGCAAUGUAAAAACAUUCCUUCAUAGAUUAAAUCAUACUUCAUGUUUAAUAACAUCAUGACUUUCCAGAUUCCAGUUUGUACUUAAGUAAAUUUCAUCAUGCAUGUACCCAUUAGGAAAAAUCUUCCUAGUGUUUUAAUUUUUGUGCUUCAGGAAAAUAAAUCCUUAUAUAAAUGAACAACAGAAAGAUACUAAAUCAAAUUAAACAGUUCCCAGAACAGUGUUAGAUAUGUUCUUACAAAGUGAGACUCCUGUCAAAGAGAUUCAGAAAUGUUCCAAAUGUAUGGGAAAUGAGGCCAAAGCAACCAACUUAUAAAGGGUGAGGUAUUUUGGUCUCACUGUACCUCUAGGGUUAGAGCCCAUGCAUGCCUCUUUUUCUAGGAUUAAUAAAGAUUUAACACUUUUGAAAUUUAAUAUCGUUAAAUGGUUAUGAAAAACCUUAAUAGCCAUCAAGAGGAUAAGACUGUACACCUCAGGCACCCAUAGGUUUCUUGUCUUCUCUUCUCUAUUUAAGUUUAAAGACAUUUAGAGAUGUAAUUCAGUUUCUUAUAUAAGGAGAACAUUUUAAAUGCUGUAGUUAUUACAACAUUUAUUAUAAAAUAUAAUUUAUAUAUAUUGAGAAUAUGUUGAAAGGAACAUCAACAGUUCAACAAAGGUUGCGUUUAACUAAGUACUCAUAUACAUGGUAUAGUCUUUCCUUUGUAUGAUUCUUGUCUUAGGUAAAAUUAAACAUGGAAUCUCAUGAAAACAUCAGUAGUUUGUCAUUUAUUUUUGUGUUCUGAAAAUAAGGUUAGGCCAUUUUUUUUUUGUAGACAUGACAAUUAAAUGUAUUUGUAUAAAUAAUUAUUGUUUUAUGUUGAACAUCAUUUUAAAUUGUUAAAUAUUGUUCUUUUUGUAUCUUAAAUUUGCAUUGUACCAGAAAGGUCUUAAGUAUUUGACAACACUUGUAAACAGUUAACUGCAUUGAUAGGUCAGAUCAGUUAUGUACAAUUUUAACAUUGAUAAAUAUGAUGACAUUAUUAAAUUGUGAGUCGUUACUUCACAUGAAGCCUUAUCAAAAUAUUUAUUUUCAUCUCAUCUGGCCCAUAGGACCAGGUGAUCUAUUGCCAUCACUUGGGGUCCUUCGUUGUCUGUCUUCGUCAUAAAUUUUUUCAAAGAUGUUCUCCUCUGAAACAACUGAUACAAUUUCAAACAAAUUUGUGGUUAAUGAUCUUAGGCUAUAAAGUAUAAAAUAUUUGUUUUUUUCCCAGUCAGUCAACAGACAUGGCCACCAUGGUUAAAUAUAGAACAUAAGGGUAAAAUGCAAUAAUUGUCUUAUAUCUUGCAAACUAUAAUAGAUAGAGAAAAUCUGACAUAGGCUAAAGUGCUCCAAACGUGUCAAGAUCUACAUACUUCCUGAUUGGGCCAAAAUUAUCAAUUUCUCCUUAAAGAGUUAUUGAAAAUGAAAGCUGUUCUUGUCCUUUUUGGAGGGUUUAUCUGACUUUGACCUCACUUUCAUAGAUCAGUGAUAAUGUUAAGUUUUUGUAAUACAUGUAGUACGACCUUGAUCUUAUAGACUUUUAAACAAUUAAACAUAGUCAUAAGUAAUACACCAGGCAAGACAUUGUAACAUGGUCACACUUAUAUCCUAAUUUUCUGAGGUUAUGACAUAGAAAUGUUUUCUGUAGAGAUAAGAAACACACUGUACACAAUAAGUAAGAUCCUUGGUGAAAAGAUUUAAAUGCCUAAUUCACAUUGAUAUUCUUUAUUGUUUUGAGAAUGCAUAUUUUACUACUAACAAAACUAAAAUGGCAGUCUGGAGCAUAACAUUAUGCAACAGAUGGUGCAGAAGUUUUCAACUUCUUUGAUUAUUUUUUUCAUCACUAUAAUUGCAAAAUCUAAUAUAAAAUUAUAUGGUUGUAUAUCCAUGUUGAGUUAACAACAGUUACGUCUAAAUAUAAAAAAGAUCAAAAUUGAAGUGAAAAAAUUAAAUUGCAUAAACAUCACACUUGAAAUAUCAGUAGGUUUUGGUCUAAUGCAAAUAGACUAAAUUAUACAGAGAUAAAUAUUUAUACUUAUGGUGACUAAUCACUAUAUGCUCAAGGGGCCAUUUGAAGAGUUGCAAUCAGUUUGUGACUGUUAUUGUCUAUGACUGAAUAUUUGAAAGAUGAAAUAAUUUGUGAAACCCCUGAAUCAGUUUGAACCAAACAUUGAAGAGUUAUUACAAAUGCAUUCCUAGCAAAUAUUCAUAGAUUGAUUCUUGGUUGAUAUUACUAUUAAUAUACAAGGUUUCUGUAACUUUUUAAAACUGCUUAAAUAAAUCACUUAUCAAUCAUAACUCUACACUAUCAUGAUUCAUUGGAAGCUAUUGUUUAGAUAAAGUUUUGUUAUAAUUUAAUUUCAAAAUUCUACCUCAACCAAGAUUGUCACCCAUCUGACAGGUUGAACCUUUCUUGCAUAGGAAUAUAUCUAGAAAAGAAUGAAUUCUCAUGUUAUUUGAAGUGAUACUUUCCAUCGGACGAUUGACAGAAAUUUUAAAUAAUUUAAUCCUGGUUGACAGGGCUGCAAAGGACUUCCAGGGUUGUAUGGUGUAAUCAGGUGUGUAGCAAAUUACAUUGCUACAAUUAAAAGGGACAUGUUUUAAAACGCUUUAAGUAGCAACCUUAUGCUUGUAAUCUUUUGUCAGGAAAAUGCAGAUAUAUAUGUAUAUACAUUGUUUUUACAAAUCUGUAGAGUUGAAAAUGGAUAAUAGAACAUAAUAUUAGCAUUUCUUCCUUUGACAAAGUAAAUCCUAGGGUAAGCUCUCUUUUUGGGAUCAAUUGUCUCCUUAAUUAGUUUCAUCAGGUUUACUGUAAAUACAUCAGCAUUAUAAAUUGUUAUACUGUGUUAACUUGUUGUGUAAAUACAAGUUCUAAUUCAAAUAAAAAAGUCAAAUUUUAAAA